CGCCGCGCCACAGCAGGGGGUGCCGGUGUCAACAGGCGGUGGCGCGAGCUCCGGGAGGCGGUUGGUGGCUCGAGCGCGGGUCCAAGGGGGCGCUGCCGUCCGGCGGCUGCCAUGAUAGUGCUCGGCUGAGAUCGUGAUACUUAAUGCAGGACUGCAAUGACAAGUCAGAGUGGAAGUCAUGCAGAAAGAGCCAUUUCUAUGUCGUCAACACCGAAAGUGCAGGUUCAGCGCUCUGUUUCCAGAGAGACCAUCACCAUACACUUUUCUGCUUUUGGUAAGGAAGAGGAGGAGGAAGAGGAAGAAGAAUUUGAAAAUUCUUCAACAAUACUUCAUGAAGAGGUGAAAGACCAAAGUUUUGUGCCAGAGCUUAAAGAAAAAGCAAGUACAUGUAAACAUGGUGGCCAACUUCUAUCAGCGCCUGCUACCUCAUCAAAUUCAUCAGCAAUAUCAGCUGCAGUUACAUUUUCCAUUCCAUCUUCAGCAUCGACAAUGACCUCUUCAGAAUCGUUAGAAUUGUCAGCUGCAUCAACUACCACCACUGCGUUGCCGUUGCCAUUGCCUUCACUAUUGGGCCAACAAAUGGAUUCCACAAGUUUGUCUUCAGAGGUGAGAGCUACAGUUUCAGCCUCAGGAACUGAUACUCCAUCUCAACAUAUUGUGCCAUCCACUGUCCCUUCAUCUUCCAUGACGAGCACAAAACCAUUUGCAAGUUUGGUAAAAUCUCUUUCAACAGAAGUAGACCCAAAAGAAUCCAGUACCUCUUUAAGGACGAGGGACUUAAUGAAAACACUAGUUAAAUCACUGUCAACAGACACAUCAAAACAAGAGUCAGAAUCUGUUGCAAUUAGGACCUCUGAUUCUCGAAUAAACUUGCAUUUAUUCAAACAGUUUACUCAACCUCGAGUCACAGGAGGAGAUUCUAAGACUGCACCUUCUUCUCCAAUCACCUCUCCAUCGGAAGGUAGGUCAUUUUUCAAAGUAACUGAAGUGGAGGCAAGAAUUGAAGACACUAAAAGGCGUCUUUCAGAGGUUAUUUAUGAACCUUUUCAACUUUUAAGCAAGAUAAUUGGUGAUGAGAGUAGUAGUCUUCGUCAUAAAGCUUUAUCAUCUAGUGCAACAGAACUUUCCACUCUAACUAGUUUAAAUGGUCAUUUGGAAAGCAACAACUAUAGCAUUAAAGAGGAAGAAUGUGAUUCUGAUGAGGACUACUCAACAAAAGAUUCAAUUCUAUGUAAAAGUAGUUCCAGGCUCGCUGAUGAGCCAUCAAAAGAAGGGGACAUGAAAAGCUCAUCUUUGGGGUCCAUGAAAGAAUCUUUUCUGAAGGAAUCUCCCCUAAGUUUAGAUAAAUGCUCUCUCUCUGUACUUGCCAGCAAAGAAGAAAAUGACUACUGUGAUUUGUUUCUUGAAGCAUUUGAGAUGGAAACUGAAGAGAUUGAGGAUAAACCUGUAGAACCCUUAACUGGAGAAGUAAUUAAGGAAGAAAGUGAAAUAUUAAAUCAAGAUGGAAAAGAUUGUGAAGUUCAACCUGCUGAAGUUCCAUUUAAGACUUUGUUAUUCUUUACAACGCUUGUAUAUUCCUAUUUAGUGCUGCCUCUUCCAAGUUAUUUGAAUGGACUAUUUCUAGGCAUUAGCUUUGGAUUUAUGAUGGCAAUUGGUGUUGUUUGGCUGUUAGUACCGAGAAAGCGGAGAGACUAUCAACAGUCAUCAAGAAGGAUUUAUUUUGAAUAUCCAACUACAGAACCCUUGGAUAUAAAGGAACCAGAAAUAUUUAAGGGAUGGAUGAAUGAAAUCUACAAUUAUGAUCCUGAAACCUACCAUGCCACAUUAACACAUUCGGUCUAUAUUCGUCUUGAAGGAUCAGUACUCAGGCUUUCAAAGCCAAAUAAAAAUAUAUCUCGAAGAGCUUCAUUCAAUGAAGCCAGGACUGAAGUCACGUACAUCAGUCAGAAGAUUUAUGAUUUAUCAGAGAGCAAGGUUCAUUUAGUACCAAAAGAUCUGGCUAGGAAAAGAGUAUGGAAUAAAAAAUAUCCAAUUUGCAUUGAACUUGCCAGACAAGAUGAUUUUAUGUCGAAGGCCCAAACAGAAAGAGAAAAUGUAGAAGAAAAAUUAUCUGCUGAUAAAGUUGAAACUGUACUUGAGGAAAUGAAAAAAUCUUCUGGCUCACAAGAUUCUGCAAAGCCAAUUUGCCAGAAGGAUCAAAUUCUGUACCUUUUUGGGAGGACUGGUAGAGAAAAAGAGGAAUGGUUCAGGAAAUUCAUUUUGGCCUCAAAAUCAAAAACUGAUAUUAAACGAUCAGCAAAUCUUGGAGGAGGAGGUGCCUUGCCAGGUUUUGUGCCAUCACACAGUAGAAACAAUAGCCAAUCUGGAAUGUUGACUCACAGUCGCAACAGCAGUAAAGGAAGCGUUGAAGAAAUUGCAUCACAUUUAAAACAGAAGGAUCUCCUAUCUGGCAUACGUCAGAAAAUGCUUCUGGAUUAUGCUGUUUAUAUGGCAAAAUAUAUUCCUGAAGAAAUUUCCAGUCCUAACUCUAGCCCUAUCCACAGUGCAGAAGGUAGCCCCACUGCUAAGUUGCCAACCAGUCAAAAUGAGGACACAGAACAACGAGUGGCUUGGGUCAAUGCAUUGCUUGGGCGAAUCUUCUGGGAUUUCUUGGGUGAAAAAUACUGGUCUAACUUGGUGUCUCGGAAGAUCCAGAUGAAACUCAGCAAAAUUAGGCUGCCAUAUUUUAUGAAUGAGCUGACCUUGACUGAACUUGAUAUGGGAGUUGCAAUGCCAAGAAUAUGUCAAGCUUCAAAACCUUGUGUUAAUUACCAGGGACUGUGGAUUGAUCUGGAGAUUUCUUACAAUGGUUCAUUUUUAAUGACCUUGGAAACCAAGAUGAAUCUGACCAAACUGGGAAAGGAAUCUUUGGGGGAAGGAUAUAAAGUAGGCGAUAUUGGCAAAGAGGGGAGCAGACCAAAAGCCUACUGCCUCGCUGAUAGUGAUGAGGAGUCCUCAAGUGCUGGAUCUUCAGAUGAAGAAGAUGCACAAGAGGUGUUAGCAGGAGACAAAGUGCUUCCAGCAGCAGCAGAAGGAUACGUGGGGGUACAUCGACCAAGCAAGAUUAUGAGACUUGUGGAUAAAAUUACAAAGUCAAAGUAUUUUCAGAAAGCCACCGAAACAGAAUUUAUUAAGAAGAAAAUUGAAGAAGUCUCAAAUACUCCGUUACUGUUAACAGUAGAGGUUCAAGAGUGCAAAGGAACACUAGCUGUGAAUAUUCCACCACCACCUACUGACAGAAUAUGGUAUGGUUUUCGAACACCACCCCAUCUGGAGUUAAAAGCACGUCCCAAGUUGGGAGAACGUGAAGUUACUAUAGCACAUGUAACUGACUGGAUUGAAAAGAAACUUGAACAAGAAUUCCAGAAAAUUUUUGUAAUGCCAAAUAUGGAUGAUGUGUACGUUCCAAUAAUGCACUCAGCCAUGGAUCCACGUUCAUCCACAGUGUGGCCUUCAAGGGAGACACAGACCGAAUUUGCUGAGCGACAGUAAUGUAUGGAACUUUUGUUUACAGUAUUAUGAAGUUGCUGUUCAUGUGCUUUCAGAUGUGGCGUCUGUCUUUUGGAACCAUUUGUGCCACUAUUGUUUCCAGGAAUACUUGCGAUCUGUUGUACUCAGUUUGUGCAGUUUGCUAAGUGUGUGACUUUUUUCUGUGUUAUUGUUAAACAGCUAAUAUUGUUAUACCCUGUUAAUUUCUUGGCCAUUCCAGGAAAAUAAAAGCCUCAAUAUAUAUAGAGAGACUAUAUGUAACUGUACGUGUAAAUGACUUUUUGGCAUGAAAUGCUUCAGUUUAGUGAGGCCCUCAUAGGCCUGAGGGAAGAUUUCCAGACAUGUGAUUGUAUGGUUGCCUGAGGUAACCUUGAUGCAGCUGCAGAAAUGAUGCAUGAAUGCUUUACUGAGAUUGAGUAUUUAUAAUGCAUCACGAAAAUGAUAAAGCUGGUCUCUAAUUGCUAAUUUUAUGUAAUUUCUCAUUGCUUUGUGGUGGUUAAUCAUUAGAAAUAUUUUUGCAACUGCAUUCUCUUUUUCUGAAGGAUUCUGCAGUCCUGCACACAGUUGUUAAGUAUACAGGUGUGAGAAAAAUCAAUUUUAUCCAAUUAUAUCUGGUUGACAUAAUAUCAAUUGCGUGGGAAAUUCCUUUAUCUAUAAAAUGUUAAGUGCUAAUCAAAUGCACAAUAUAAAUGGAUAUACUCCUAUUACCCUAUUCAGGAUAAUUAUACAACCCAUUUCAACUCUUAAUAUCUUCAUCUUUAGUUCAUGUGAUCAACAAUUGGCAACCAGCUCCUGAAUUAUUCAACUUUGGUGUGGGUAUUUGUGGGAAAACACUGUAUGAAAGGCAUUGGGAUUAAAGGUUAUUUUUUUAAAGUUUAAAAUUUUUGCAUUAUGAACUGUUAACCACUCCUUAAAAUGUCAUAAUACAUCUCUAACCCUUUAGUAAUAUCACAAAUAUAAUCCCUUAAUUCUUAAGUGAUAUAGGUAAUUAUGAUGUAUAAUAGUUGGAAGAGGCAUAUGAGCUGGUGGGUUUGUUGAGAAUUUUAUUUCCCCAUGGCAGAGAGAUCUCAGAUCAGAGACAAGCCAGCCCAUAGCAUAUGAACGGGCAAUGUAAUGCUGCACCACUUCUCAGCCAUUUUCUUAGCAUUAUAUUGCAACAAUGAAUUUGCUUCAAAAGGUUGCAUGUGCUUAGUCAUUGGCUAAUAGCAGACAAUUGCAGUUGUAUCACUGUUUACUCUUAGAGGUGGUGCUGUCUGCAAGAAAGUACUGAAUAAAUGGGCAAAUGAUAAAAAGCUCUUGCAGCUUUUGUAGUGAUGGAUGGAGUUUGAAAGAAAAGUUAUCCAUUUGUCCAAACUUAAAGGCUUUCUGUUCAAAUCUUUUAACAAAUUUGAAAAUUACUGCAUUUUUCUAGGAAACCAUAAGAUGUUACAGAAGCAAAUAUGACUUAAUUAAGAUGUCCAUCAAGUUUUAAAACAAGUUUUCUAUGGCUCCCAUAUGUGAGCAUAUAUUCUGUUAUCGUUUUACUUGGGCCUCUUGGUUGUAGCAUUUCUAUGUAAAGUGUUCAAAAAUUUCAUUAUUGUAUUUCAGUGCCAUUAUGUCAGUGGUUAUAAUUUGUUUUGAUUAUUUUGUAUUGUUUCAUUAUGAAUUUCUUGAGCUACUUGUAUGUUAUCCCAAUUGUAGAUUUUCAACGUGUAUAAAUUGCCAUUCACUACAUGAAGUGCAAAUUGAUAAUGAAGAAUCCACCACAUGAAGGAUUUGGCAAAUCAUCUUUCAAGAUGAAGUGACUUUGAGAAACUUGACCAUUUGCAGAAUGUUGAAUUAAAACUAAGUAAUAUAUUUUAAGAAGUGUAUAAAAUUGUAUUUUUAAUUUUGUAUAUUUGUUUUAAUUUAGAUCUGCAGAUAAAAUAUGGCUUUGUUUCUAUUGCCAGGAAUACAGUAGCUACACAGUUUUACUGUGUUCCCACAUUCUUGCUUUGUUCUAUUACUUUAGUAGGCAAUAUUUGCCUGCUGGAAGAAAAUCUCUGCAUGUCUUGUUGUAGUUGGGCCAUUUAGGUGGUCUGAAAUCAGUGUGCAAUAAUAAAUUGAGUCCAAGGACUAAAUGCACUAUGCAUAAUCAAAAUUAAAUAAAAUUAUUAUUAAACUGU